AUGGCCCACCAGCCAGAGACCCCGAUGCACUCACCAGCCAUGCCGUCGUCGUCCGCUAAACGCUGCUCGAUGGCAUGCACGACGUGCCGACAGGUGAAGCUGCGAUGCGACGCCGCCGAGCGAUACCCGAGCCCCUGUUCGCGGUGUGUGAAGCGGCGCAAGCCGUGCGUGUUUGACUCGGACUUUAAGCGGCGGCCAGUGCGCGGCGCCCUGGAGCGGCUGCUCGAGGAGAAGGAGCAGCUGAAGCAGAUUGUGGACUCCAUGGGCGCGGCGGCACACGGGACGCAGAUCCAUCCGACUCCGUCGCAGACGCAGUCCGAGGCAUCGCCAGCCGUCAUCGGCCUCUCUGACGACUCGCCGGACGACACGCCGGGCUACGACCUGGACGGCGUGCGGCUGAGCUUUGCUGUCGUUGACGAUCUGUUUGCGUUCUACGUUGCCGUCUUCCAUCCGAUGCUGCCCAUCGUGGACAUUGUCAGCGCGUCCAAGACCCCAGCGGACGUCUGCGCCGACAGCGAGCUGCUGUUCUGGACCAUUCUGAUUACGGCCGCGCAGAACCAUCCGCAGCACCGCGCGGCCGUCUUGGAGCCGCUCGUCACGCCGUACCGUCGUCUGCUGGCGGACGCGCUUGUCCAGCCGGCCCGCACCGUCUACAUGACCCAGGCGCUGCUCGUGCUGACGUCCUGGCCGCUGUCCGUGGACCGGCAGCGCAACGACCCGAGCUGGUACUACUGCGGGGUGGCGACCAGCUCGGCCGUCCACCUGCGGCUGCACGAGGCCGAGGCGCUGUGGUGGUACUCGUCUGUUGGGGGCAGGGAGGAGGUGGUGACAGGCCGUGGCGGCGCCGACGGCGACGACGGCGACGACGGCGACCGACAACAGGCGAACGCGGCCCGGUACCGCACGUGGCUGGGUGCCUUUGUGGUCAGCAACGCGCUGGCCAUCGACAUGGGGCUGCCGCCGCCCAUGGCGUCUGUGGCAUCGCUGGCGCCGCAUCUCCAUAAGCAGCUGCAGCUGCAGCUGGGCGAUGGGAUGUCGGAUGCGUUUGCGGCGCGCAUCGAGCUGCAGACGAUCCUGUUCCGCCACGACACAGUCCUGAAAGACACGGCGUCCAUGUCCAUGUCGACGUCGACGUCGGCCACGCUCUCGUCAAGGAACCCCGUCCUGGACGUGAUGGAGCGCGAGCUGGACGCGUUUGAACAAAAGUGGGCGACCGCCGAGGGCAGCCAGGAGCGACGAGAGCUGCCGUUUCUCAUCCACCUGGAUCUGCUGGCGGCACGGCUUCGGCUCCGCGCGCCGCUUCUGAUGCCACGGCCGGCCGUCAACGAGCCGGACUUGUUGAUCGAGGCGGCGUGGCAAAAGACGAUCCACUACGCCGGCCGCAUUAUCCAGCGGAUGGCCGCGUUUUACGCAGACGGCAGCGAUGUCGAGCCAGCGUCGUGCUCCGCCAGCGCCAGCGCCAGCGACAGCACCGCCCAGACCCGACGACCCCGUCUUGUGAUUGCGGCCGCGAAGCGCUGCCUCCCCAAACACUACAGCCGCGCCAUGCUGAUGGCCGUCUUUGCUCUGCUCAUCUACGCCAUGCUGCACCCACGGGAAACAGACGACCGCGACGAAUCGACGGCCCGCGCCCUGGCCGCCGCCAGCCAGGCCCUCGACCUCAUCGACGCGCUGGUCCGCCAACCGGCCGACGAGAACGGCCGCUGCGUGCGGAUCCUGCGGCUCGUCGCCCACUAUGCCGACGACCCGCGCGUCGCCAGCGCGUUCGCCGACCACUUUGCGCGCGCGCUGGCCCCGCCCGACACGGACCUGAUCGAGGUGGGCAUCAAGGCCUCGUGGGUCGUCCGGCAGCGCGUGCGCCAAAAGUACCUCGAGGGCCCAGACCGCGAGCUGCCGUGCCAGCAGUCGGAGGCGUCAGCGGCGGCGGCCCGCCGAACCAUUGUGACGCGGUCGGCGACGGCCAGCCGGCUCCUGGGUGCGGACGCGACGCUGGCAGAGCCCACACAAGGACGCACUGCGGCCGUGUGCGAGCAGAAUAACACGGCCGUUCAGCAUGCGGCGCCGAUGGACCGGUCAAUACGACUUCCGCCAGCACAGACAGCACCGCCCCCACCACGCUACGCGCAGGAUGCUGGACCAACGUGCCACGGCGGCACACAGUGGGAGGCGGACAGCACGCUCGCCGAGCAAUUCAGCCACGCCUUCAGCGACGAGGUAUUUACAGACUGGAACGCCUGGUUUGACGACGCGGAUGAUUUUAUGAAUUUGUUUCGCGCGCCGAACUGGAAUUCCGUGUAG